AACUUUCCAUGCGCAUAUACGUAAUUUAGUUAUUUUGUCUGCUUAUCCUCAUAUGAUGCCUUUAUCAGUUUGAACUUUUGAAUUAGCGUUGAAUUGCUUGGUCAGUCGUUGUUCUACAUUUUAUAAGAAAACAUUAACACAAUAUAGAUCGAUUUAAAAAGUACAAGAAAUAUGACGGUGAAUUAUUCAGCAUUUUUUUCAAAAAUCGCUCUUAGAAGAAGGGGAAAUCUAAUUCGGCAAAUAACUGAGAUUUACUUAAAUAGUAAUAAUCCAGAUGCAAUAAAUUUUGCUGGUGGAAUGCCAAAUACCGAUACUUAUCCUUUUAAAGAAUUGGACGUGAUUUACAAAGAUGGAACAAAUUCGAAACUUGAAGGUCAAGAUUUAGCAUCGGCACUUCAAUAUGGACCUGCUGUCGGAUAUUUUCCCUUGAUAAAAAAGUUCCGAGAAUUUCAAUACAACUGGCACAAACCUAAUAAAAACAAUUGGGACGUAAUAUUUACUUGUGGUUCACAAGAUGCUUGUACCAAAAUUUAUGAGAUGUUUAUUGAUGAAGGUGAUCCAAUUAUGGUUCAAUCACCAACGUAUACAGCUACUAUCAAUACAUUAGCAUCCUUGAAUGUUGAUUUCAUAGAAAUUAAACAGGAUGCUGAUGGUAUUAUUCCUGAGGAAAUAAUUAAAGUAUACGAAGAAAGAUUACGCGAUGGAAGGCUAUUACCGAAGUUAAUAUACAUCAAUCCUACUGGUGCAAAUCCAACAGGAACUAUAUUGUCUGAGAGCCGUAGGAAACAAGUAUAUGAAUUGGCGCAGAAAUACAAUUACCUUAUUAUAGAAGAUGAUGCGUAUUAUUUUAUUAAUUUUUUAAAUAAACAACCUACGUCUUUUUUUUCAUUGGAUAUCGAUGGACGUGUAAUAAGAUUGGAUUCUUUUAGUAAAAUUAUUAGCGCAGGUAUGCGAUUAGGUUGUGUCACGGCUAAUACUGAACUAUUGAAGACGUUAAUGAUGCAUAUAGAAAAUAGCGUUUUACAAGCCUCUUCAUUAUCACAGAUAUUUUUGUUUAAAUUACUUGAUUUGUGGGGUCAGGAACGAUUCAAUCAACAUUUAAAGAGUAUUCAAGAUUUUUAUCUAGCAAGACGUAACAUUAUGCUAAAAGGAAUUGAAAAACACCUUACAGGAUUGGUCGAAUGGACAGAGCCUAAAGGUGGUUUUUUUAUAUGGCUCAAACUAAUCGGAAUUGAUGAUGCAUCAAAUUUUGUAAAGGACAAGUGUAUGUCCAAUGGUAUUUUCGUAAUUCCUGGAAAUGUAUUUAAUUAUGACUUUAAUAAGCCGGAUCAACACAUACGUUUAUCUUAUAGCUAUGGAACUGAAGAGGAAAUUGAAAGGGGACUCUCAAAGCUGGCAGAAUUGAUACAUGAAGUCUCUAAAUGAUCGAUUUAGAGGUAUAUUUUAUAUCUUUUUAACAUUUUAAGAGGUAAAGGAAUAGAAAAUGUUGGAAAAAUAAUAUAGAAUAUUCUUAUUUUAAAUAAAACAUAAAAACGACAA